AGGUUUCUCACUCUGAAUAUUGGUCAGCCUCACACUAGCAGGACUCACUGGUGUACUUUCUAGGGGUGAGAGAGCCCUGGACAGUAUUUCCUGGAUGCCAGUGAGCAGCUGAGAGCUGAAGCUCCCUGGACACUCAAGGCUCUUGUGGUGACAGGCCUCCCAUAAAGGUGUGCAGGGAGUCUAGCUCUCUCUUCUGGACUUUGAGAUUUCAGACACAGAAGUUUGUCCAUGGCUCCUUAUCACAUCCGCAAAUACCAGGAAAGCGACCGCAAGUGGGUCGUGGACUUGCUCUCUCGGGGGAUGGUAGAGCACGUCCCAGCCACCUUCCGGCAAUUGCUGAAGCUGCCUCGAACCCUCAUACUCUUACUUGGGGGGCCCCUCGCCCUACUCCUAGUCUCUGGCUCUUGGCUCUUGGCCCUCGUGUUCAGCCUCAGCCUCUUCCCUGCCCUGUGGUUCCUUGCCAGAAAACCCUGGAACAUGUUUGUAGACAUGACACUGCACACAGAUAUGUCUGACAUCACCAAAUCCUACCUGAGUGAGCGUGGCUCCUGCUUCUGGGUGGCUGAGUCUGAAGAGAAGGUGGUGGGCAUGGUGGGAGCUCUGCCUGUUGACGAUCCCACCUUGAGGGAGAAGCAGUUGCAGCUGUUUCACCUCUCUGUGGACACUGAGCACCGUCGUCAGGGGAUAGCAAAAGCCCUGGUCAGGACUGUCCUCCAGUUUGCCCGGGACCAGGGCUACAGUGAAGUUGUCCUGGAUACUGGCACCAUACAGCUCUCUGCCAUGGCCCUCUACGAGAGCAUGGGCUUCCAGAGGACGGGCCAGUUCUUCUUCUGCAUUUGGGCCAGGCUAGUGGCUCUUCAUUCAGUUAGUUUCAUCUACCGCCUCCCUACUGCUCAGGCAGGGGGUCUGUGAUCUCUUUCUUUGUGUAUUGGUCAGAAUAUAAUCAAUUCAGCUGUAGCAGCAAGCAAUCCCCAACCUUUCACUGCAAUUACACAAUAAAAGCUUAUUGUCCAUUCA